AUGGCUCCAGAGGAAACGGCCCGGCCGUUGGUCGUCGAGGAGCUAAUCACGGAGUUCGAGCAGCGCUUCGACAUCGAUGAACAGCGAGAAGAAGAGCUGUAUGCGCAGUACGCGUGGGAAAAAGAUUUCGACAAAUCGUGGGAACAGCUGGUUGAUAAGGAUGGCGUCCUGCAGUUCGUUCAGCAAAAGAGCGGGCAUACGCCCAUGUCGUCGUUCGAGGGUGUUGCAAUCACGGACGACCCGGAUGGAGGCAUCCAGAAGCGUAGUGUCGUUAGAAACAUCGUCAUAGUCUUCGAUACAAGCGACGGGAUGCGGGAGGUUGAUUUCAAACCGGAUCGCCUGCAUUGCGCAUCGGGAGCUAUCAAGGGGCCUAUGACCCAACUCGCUCUUGUGGCGCUUCGCAACAAACGCUCAUCGUUGAUUGCCAAGCUCGGAACUCCGCCAUCGGAGACUGUCUCUUUGCUGGAAGCGACCAUCAAAGAGGGAGCGGAGGGCGUGCCGUCGCUACAAAACGGCCUCGAGAUGGCAAUCGGAAUAUUGUCCGGCAUGCCCCCGUAUACCACCCGAGAAGUGCUAGUAAUUUUUGCCUCAACCAAGACGUUCGACCCGAGCAACAUCCUGGCAACCCUGCAAAGGCUGAAAGACGAGCAUGUCAUUGUCAGCGCCAUUUCCAUCGCGCCAGAAAUGUAUAUACUCAAAUGGCUCCCAAAUGGCAAGUCCCCUGAAAAGCGCAUCGAUAUGCCUUGGAUGGAGCCCAUUCUGACGAAGGUCGGAUUCCCGCCACUGGAAAAGGCAAACACGGCGUCAUUGUGCGUCUGCCAUUCUUCUCUGACGUACAAGACGUACAUUUGCCCCCAGUGCCACAGCAAAUCAUGCGCGAUACCCACAAAGUGCAAGUGCUGUGGUCUGUAUCUGGUGUCGCCUCCAGACAUAUCAAGAAUGUUCCACCAGCUCAUUCCGCCCAAGGCCUUUCGCGAGGAACCUUCAUCUGCCAAAUGCAGCAGUUGCAAUGUGGACGCAAUAUGUGGGCUGGUGUGCCCCCAGUGCAGCAGCUUCUACUGCGAGCAUUGUACAACAUACAUACACAACGAGCUACACCAGUGUCCCUUCUGCGUCUCAGGCGAUCAAGUGGAGUUGGACAGGAACUCACUAGAUGAAGUGGAUUAA